AUGACUGACAUAAAUAAUAUCGCCAACGAAGAAUAUUAUACAAUUAGAAAUAGUUUAGAUAAUAUUCAACAAUUAUCCAAUUUUGUUAAUCAUUGUUUAAAUGAUCCAUCGUUGAAAUUGACGCUUGAGGAUGAUACAUUUAAUAAAUUACAAAAGACUGAAAAUAUCGCUCUUAAUCUUAUGAAUCAAUGGUGUAUACAAAAUAGCCCAUAUAAACAGGAUGAGUAUGAACUGGUAAAAAGUGUAGCACUAUUAAACAUGAAAAUUACUAUGAGUGAAAUUGAACUAUCGGUUAAGUGCGCUUUACUAUUAGAUGAACUAUGUCUGAAAGUAUUCAAUAAUAUUUUCCUUCAUAUGGAUAAUUUUAAUGAAAAUAAUUUAUAUUUAAAUAACAUAAGUUUAUGGCUUGAUACAUUAGCAUAUUUUGAACAUGAACAUUCCUCAUUUACCAUUGUACAACAAUAUUUCAUCUCAUUAAAUCGAAUAAUUAGUGAAUUUGUAAUGAGUGGAACAUAUAAAAAUUAUCUAAUAAAAUUAACGAAAACUAAUGUAGAUAACGAAAUAAGCCCGAAACAGUUAUUUUACAUUAGUUCAUGUUCUUUAUCGAUGGGCGUUCAUUUAUACAGUCAAUUUGACAUGGAAGUAGUAUUCAAUGAAAAACAAUUUAAUCUUUUGAUACCAUCUUAUCGUGAAUUUAUUAUCGAAUCUGUUAAAAAUAUUCAUCAAUGGUCACAUAAUUAUCUAUCUUGUGUAACAAAUAUUCUUGUUCUUUCAACCUUUUCAAAUUGUCAUUCUUGUACAUCCAAUCUUAUCCAAUUUUUUCAACAUGAUUGCGCAUAUUUUCAAGCACUCAUCGAUAUUUUACAUUAUGAGCCAAUUCGUGAAAACAUUGUCUCAUCAUGGUCAAACAUGGAAACAAUUUUAAUCGAUACAAUCAUAAGCUUUUUAAUGAUUUGUAUUCACGGAUUAAAUGGUGAUAUAAUUUGUUUAUUACGAAAACUGUCAUUACCUGAUAUUUGUUUACCAUUAAUUGAAGCUAAAUUUGAUCGUAUAUGUAUAACUACUUAUGGAAUAUUGGCUGAAAUUUUAACUGAUGAUGAUUUAACGAAAUUAGUAUUUGGUGAACAUGUAUGUGAUGUAAUAUUUAUAUUUUUACAAUCAGCUUAUCAAAAUUCAAAGCAAACGUAUAAAGGAGUACCAAUAACAAUGAUAUUAAAAGGUCUUGUUUCUCUGUCAAAAAAUGAUUUAAUACAAGAAAUAUUUUCUAAAUCGGAUGAAAAAUUAAAUUUAUUUCUUGAAAUGACUGACAAAUAUCCAGUUGUUUAUGAUAUAUUAUGGGCAUUUUCAUUUAAUUCAAUAAUAAAACAAAAAUUAAAACAAAAUGAAAUAUUUAUUGAUAAAAUAAAUAAAUUACGUAAUACACUUAAUCAUGAUAAUGUUACACGAAAAAUGAUUUGUGGUAUUUUAUGGAACUUAGGAUAUAAAGAUGAAGAUUCUAAUAAUGGUAUGAGACCGAUUAAAUUUGAUAUAAUGAUUAGUUAUAGUCAUCAAGAAAAAGCACUAUGUCAAUCAAUUCAUGAACAAUUACUUCAACGUAAAUUUCGUGUAUGGAUUGACUACGCAGAAAUAUAUGGAAAUUUAAUGGAUUCAAUGGCACAUGGUAUUGAAACAUCGAAUACAAUUCUCGUAUGUAUGUCAGAAAGUUAUAAACGUAGUAAUUAUUGUCGAGCCGAAGCUCAAUAUGCUUUUAAGAAAAAUUUGAAUAUUGUACCAAUUGUAUUACAAAAGCAUUUUAAACCUGAUGGAUGGUUAGGCUUUUUAGUAGGAUCACUUUUCCAUAUCGAUUUUACAAAAUAUGAAUUUUGUCGAUCAUUUCAAAUGUUACUUAAUGAAUUGACUCAUUUUACUCAACCUGCCAUUGUUAUUAAUAGAGAAUUACAUGAAUCAGCAACGAUUAGAGUCACUAUUAUGAAACCAUCAACUAGUCAAACACUGGCUCUAGUAGAUUCUAGGAAAGAAGACGGUAAUGGUGCAAAAUCGAUAAAGAACUGGACGUCUAAAGAUGUGCUUGAGUGGUGUAAUGAACACAAGUUGACCGAAUUUUCACAUAUUUUAAACGAUUGUGAUGGUGACAGUUUGUAUCAUUUAUAUGAGAUGUGUAAAUCAAAAAAUGUCGAACAAACUAUUGCAUUACUUCAAAAUGAAUUUCAAAAAGUGGGUCAAAAUUUAUCGUUAAUUGAUUUUGCACGAUUUCUAAGUCUAAUGGCCAAACUAAUUACAGAAGACGAAGAAAUUGUGAACAAGAACCACAAUGAAAAGGAAUUAACAACUAGAUUUUAG